CCUACUGGGUGCCUUGGACAGGCCCUGCGCCCUGACCCAUCCUGCACCUAGGCUGGCGCUCCCGCAGCCCCUGCGCCUCUAGCGGCGGAGCCGGGAAGUGCAGGGGCGGACUCACUGGGGGACAGCUGUGCCAUGAGGUCAGUGAGGGCCUUGGUGUCCCAAGGCCAGUGGCUCCCAGUGCUGGUCCAGGCGUUGCUCCUGGUUGACUCCCUCGGCGAGGACUUCCGUUUUCACCCGGAGUGGGGGUCUGACUCCUAUGAAAUCACCAUCCCCAGAAAGCUCAGCUUCCGGGGAGGGGAGCAGGGGGUGACCAAACGCAUGUCCUACCUCCUGCAGGUCCAAGGCCAGAAGCAUGUCCUCCACCUGUGGCCCAAGCGGUUUCUGCUGCCCCGGCACCUGCAGGUUUUCUCCUACACAGAACAGGGCGCACUCGUGGAGGAUCACCCCUACAUCCCCAGGGACUGCAGCUAUGCGGGCGUGGUGGAAGGAGCUGAGGGUUCUGAAGCCACUGUCAGUACCUGCGCGGGGGGCCUCCGGGGCAUAUUGAAAAUCGAUGCCAAAUAUUACCAAAUGGAGCCCCUCAGGGCCUCCUCCCGUUUUGAACAUGCCCUGUAUCUCCUGAAGGACGAGGGGGAAUUUCAGGAUCGGAUCUCUGGCUUCAGUGGUGAUGAAACGGAAGAGCAGAUGGCCCAGCCGGACGUCAUGGCUCGGCGUAGUGACUUUGCUGACAGCUUUAAACACCAGAGGUACUUGGAGUUGGCCAUGGUCUUUGAUCACGAGAGAUACUUGUAUUUGAAUUCCAAUCUUAGUCAAGUAAUAGAUGAUGCCAUGCUUCUGAUUGGGGUGAUAGAUACCUACUUUCAAGAGCUCAGUCUGAGAAUACAUCUAAAAGGUAUUGAUGUUUGGACGGCUGGAAACAAAGUAACACUUUCAUAUGAUAAAAUAACUUCAGCUAUAAGCCAAUUUAUAGGAUACAGAAGACGUGUUCUAAAUGCUUUGAUCCCAGCCGAUUGGGCACAUAUAUACAUUAAAGGAAACUUUUCUGAUCGCAAUGCAUCGCACUGGGGGAAAGUGUGUGGUAUGGGAUUUGUCGCAUCUGCAUGUGCUAUUCCAGAUAAGAAUCUCCUUUUACCUGCCACUUGGACCGCUCAUGAGAUCGGCCACAGUGUCGGGAUGGAGCAUGAUACGCAGUACUGCCAAUGUAGGGGGAAGCACAGUUGCAUCAUGGGCACUGGACGCUCGGGGUUUAGUAAUUGCAGCUACAACGAUUAUAUAAACUACGUCCGUCAAAGAGCAACGUGUCUGACUGAUAUCCCAGGGCUAGGGUAUGUGGUGAAGAAAUGCGGAAACAAAAUUGUGGAAGACGAUGAGGAAUGUGACUGUGGUUCCAAAGAGGACUGUGAGGAAGACCAUUGUUGCAAACCAGACUGUAAAUUCAAACAGGGCGCCGCGUGUAGCACCGGCCUCUGCUGCCACAAAUGUCACUUUCGUCCCUCUGGGUACGUGUGUCGGGAGGAAGAAAACGAAUGUGACCUUGCAGAGUACUGCAAUGGGACCUCGAGUUUCUGCCCAGAUGACACGUAUAAGCACGAUGGCACCCCGUGCAAGUAUGACGCCCGUUGUUUCAGGAAGGGGUGCUGGUCCACGUAUAUGCAGUGCCAGCACAUUUUUGGAACAGAUGCCAGGGAGGCUCCUACUCAGUGCUACGAAGCAGUGAACUUAAUAGGGGAUCAAUAUGGGAACUGCGGUGUUAUUUCCGUUGGUAAUUACAAACAGUGCACCAAGCAGAACUCAUUAUGUGGCAGGGUGCAGUGUAUCAACGUCCCAACCCUCCCUGACCUGCCAGAUCACACGAGUGUCGUUGCUACUCAUCUUCAGAGUGAAAAUCUGUUGUGCUGGGGCCUAGGCUACCAUCUGGCCAUGGUAUCCACGGGGAUUCCUGACUUGGGUGUCAUCCAUGACGGCACCUCCUGUGGCAAGGACCGGAUAUGCUGGAACAGAACGUGUGUGGAGACUUCCAUCCUGAAGGUGGACUGUGUGCCUGAGAAUUGCAAUGACAGAGGCUUUUGCAACAACAACAGAAACUGCCACUGCGUGAACGGCUGGGCGCCUCCGUUCUGUGAGGAGGAAGGGUACGGGGGGAGCAUUGACAGCGGGUCGCCCCCAAGGUCAGAUGAGGAGGUGCCCGCCUCCUUUCAGAUCGUGUACCUUUUGAUGUUACGUGUUGUUUUGUUCGCCAUUUCAGUGGCUUUUGUGCUUCUCAGGGCACCGAUUGGAGAUUUAUUAAACCUCAAAUAAAAAACACCACCACCGACUGACACGGAGAUAAAUGAUCCAAUGAAAACGGAAGAAGCUCCAAUAACCAACAAACCAACAAUGUAAUCAGGAAAUCCACAGUCACCCGGUAACACAGGGUCACAUAGUAAAGAAGGUUAUUGUUUAUCCAAAGGCUCCUUACUCUUCCUCCAAUUCUUUUUUACUUACUUUUCCUUCUAGUUUUGAUGAGUAAAUAAAUAAUAUUCUUGUUUGGGAGACAA